UUUAAUUUAAAUCAAAUAAUAUAACAGAACUGCUUAAAGACUCUCACUCUCCGACUCUCCGUCGACAGGAGAUACAUUUCUCAGGCUCGUAUCUUCGGAGAUGACUAACGGUUUCGCGCUAUCUCCGGCGAUUAUCGCCGCCGUUCGUCCUCCGGCAUCGCAAGACCGUCUCUUCGCUGCUUCUAUCAACGGACGCAAAACCAUCGAAGCUUCUUCUUCUUCCUCCUCGUCGUGUUCUUCAAUCUUUGCACCUAUCUCGUCGCCUAAUCGAAGCAAAUGCGCCUCCUCCACCACCAUCUCGCGGCGGAAGAAUCCGAGAUCGACGAUUCGCUGCGACGCUGCUGUGAAAUCGGAAGCUGAUCUUUCGACGGAGGAAGAGGAGAAGGCGAAGGAGAAGAUCGGGGCUAGGGUUAGGGUAACGGCGCCGCUGAAGGUGUACCACGUGGUUCGAGUUCCGGAGGUGGAGCUGAUGGGAAUGGAAGGUUCGAUCAAAGACUACGUCGUUUUGUGGAAAGGGAAGAGGAUCUCGGCUAAUCUGCCGUUCAAGGUGCAGUUCGUGAAAGAGGUGGAAGGUCGUGGUCCUGUUAAGUUCUUCGCGCAUCUCAAGGAAGACGAGUUCGAGUUGAUUGAUUGAUGAUGUGUGGUGGUCCGUGAUUUGAAUCGGGAAAGGGGAAAGCUUUUUAUCUUUUGUUGUGAAUGGUUUUUGUAUGUACUAUACAUUUUAGCAUAUUAAUACAUAACAUUUCACCA